AUGGAUUUUUGUUGCAUCCACCAAAACUGUAGAGACCGCGAGGGCAUUCCCCAGCAGUGCACCUACCAGCGUCUCGAAGACUCUGGAUCUUUCGAGGACGAUGCCAUCGGCCGCUUCGAGCCGGAGCAUGCGCUCUUCAAGGAGGCAUUGGGGAGCUUGGGGCGGUUUUACUCUCACCCCGCCACUGUCGUCUUCAUGCUGACCCAGUUUCCAGAUGAUUACGACGAUGCUGCAAAGUACACCCGGUUGGGUAACACGGAGCAGUACUUCAACCGUGGUUGGUGUUUCUGCGAGUCUUCCUGGGCGAUGUUGACGAAGGACUUCAGGUGCCUCGUGGAUCUCGGCCACUCCACCGGAGCAGAGACCUGCUACUACGGUGACUACGGCCGUGCGGACUCGCUGGUGACGGCCUGCGCGGCGGGGCGGAGGGCGCCCGUCCUGCCCGACGCCUUCGACGCGCAGCUGCAGCGCAAGGGGUUCACCAACGGCAAGGACGACAGGCCCCGGGUUGCCAAGCUCUACCGCUCCGCGUUCGCGCAGCGCCUCGAGGCCGCGGAGGAGCUGGUGUACGCGAGCCUGCACUGGGGGGACGAGGAGGCGCAGCAGCUGGCCGCCAUGCUCGCCUCGGGCGCCGCGCCCCAGCUGAAGAGGCUCCACCUCAGCGGCAACGAGGUGAGCGACGAGGGCGCCGCGCGGCUGGCAGAGGCCCUGCGCGCCCCGGGCGCGCUUCCCCGGCUCGAGGAGCUCAGCCUCGGCGGCAACCGCGUGGGCGACGAGGGCGCCGCGCGCCUGGCGGAGGCCCUGCGCGCCCCAGGCGCAGUGCCCCAGCUUCAGGUGCUCCGCCUCGGCGGCAACCCGCUCGGCGAGGCAGGCCAGGCGGCGCUGCGCGCCGCGUGGGCGGAGGCUGGGCGGCGGGGCUUCCUGAUGCUCAACAGCUGA